CUCUCACUCUCACAGUAACAUUCACCAGUCGGUGCACUUAUCACCAUUACUAACAUCAUCAUCAAAGUCCCCAUCUUUUGACACCUUUCCUAAUACCAACAAAUCCAACUCCUCCUUCUUUUCUUCCUUUGCUUUCACUCUUUCAAACCCUUUUGGCUUUUUAAAGUUUGCUCAGCUCACCAAUCCGUUACAGUUGUUUAUUUUCUAAGUUUCGAGCCUUACCCAGUUGAGAAGAAGCUCCAAUGGCAACUGGGUCGAUCUCAGAUUUCGUAAACAAGGCCGAGAGUGUGAGGGGUCGAGCUGAAGUGGGCUCUGUUGAGUCAAAGGUCGGAGCUUUUGUGCCGAGGAGGGAUCACAAUCCGAGAGAGCUGAAAUCAUGGGCGAAGAGAACUGGGUUUGUGUCCAAUUUCUCAGGGGAGACGGUGGGGAGUAGCAGUGGGAGGAAUGAGAGUGGUGGUGGGCUUGAUUUGGAGAGGGGUUUUAGGGGUGGAAGUGGGUCGUCUCCGAAGUUUGAGAUAGAUCCGGUUCUGGGCCGGACCAGGCCCACUGGAGGGGCUGAGAUUGAGCCAGCUGGAAAUGGAGGGGUGAGGAGUGAGAGUGAGGAGGCAAUGAGGGUGGAGAGUAGGAGGAGGAGGAGUGAGGAUGAGCCUGUUUUGGGUAGAGAUGAGGAGAGGAGUGUUGGUAAUGGGGGAAAUGAGAAUAGGAAUAAUGGGAAUGGAGUCAUGGCAGUUGCUUCGGGGGGCGAGGCGAAGAAGAUGGAUCAGGGAGAGGAAAUGCAUUUGUAUCCGGAUGGUGAAGAAGAGCCUGUUCAUGGAGGGUGGGGUAGGCCGUCUGCAAUGAGGAUUGGAUUAAGAGAAAAUCUGGGUUUCGUCCCACUAAUAUAUUACGGUCUGCAGCACUACUUAUCAUUGGCUGGCUCACUGAUAUUCAUCCCUCUGAUCAUUGUACCAACCAUGGGGGGAACAGAUAAGGAUACUGCCACAGUGAUCUCGACAAUGCUGCUGGUUUCUGGUAUUACAACAAUAUUGCACUCUUACUUUGGAACCCGACUUCCAUUAGUUCAAGGAAGUUCAUUUGUAUAUUUGGCACCAGCGUUAGUUAUCAUGAAUGCUCAAGAAUAUCGGAAUCUUACAGAACAUAAAUUUAGGCAUAUAAUGAGAGAACUGCAAGGAGCUAUAAUUAUUGGUUCGAUAUUUCAAAGCAUCCUGGGAUUUACUGGUUUAAUGUCUUUAUUGCUGAGAUUGAUAAACCCUAUUGUCGUUGCACCAACUGUUGCUGCAGUAGGUUUGGCCUUUUUUAGUUAUGGCUUUCCUCAAGCUGGUAGUUGUGUGGAAAUCAGCAUUCCACAGAUACUUUUGGUUCUUAUGUUCACCUUGUACCUUCGAGGGGUAAACAUCUUUGGGCAUCGUCUUUUCCGGAUUUAUGCGGUUCCCUUGAGCAUAAUGAUCAUAUGGACUUAUGCAUUCUUUUUGACAGCUGGUGGAGCAUAUGAUUACAAAGGCUGUACCUCUGAUAUACCUAGUUCAAAUAUCUUAAUAGAUGCUUGUAGAAGACAUGCAUAUACUAUGCAACAUUGUAGGACCGAUGUUUCAAAUGCAUGGAGAACUGCCGCAUGGGUCAGGAUUCCCUACCCUCUGCAGUGGGGUAUCCCUAUCUUCCAUUUCAGGACUUCCAUUAUCAUGGUCUUUGUAUCACUUGUUGCAUCAGUUGAUUCGGUUGGAACAUAUCACUCUGCAUCUAUGCAAAUUAAUCUGAAGCCUCCAACCCGAGGAAUUGUCAGCAGAGGAAUUGCAUUGGAGGGAUUCUGCAGUAUAUUGGCAGGACUUUGGGGUUCAGGUACUGGGUCAACAACCUUGACAGAAAAUGUUCAUACAAUCAACAUAACAAAGGUGGCAAGUCGAAGAGUUGUGGAACUUGGAGCAGUUUUCUUAAUCUUCUUCUCAUUCAUAGGAAAAGUGGGUGCCAUUCUUGCCUCUAUACCACUGGCCUUGGCUGCUUCCGUACUCUGCUUCACAUGGGCCCUUGUUGUGGCAUUGGGUCUCUCAACGUUGCAGUAUAGUCGAGCAGCAAGUUUUAGAAACAUGAUGAUAGUUGGCGUUUCAUUGUUUCUUGGUUUAUCUAUUCCUGCAUAUUUUCAACAGUAUCAACCAGAAUCCAGCUUCAUACUCCCUAGCUACUUCAUUCCUUAUGCAGCAGCAUCUAAUGGACCGGCCCGCACCGGUAGUAAACAACUUGACUUUGCUAUAAAUGCACUUAUGUCUUUGAACAUGGUGGUGACACUCGUGGUAGCAUUGGUACUGGAAAACACUGUCCCAGGCAGCCGUCAGGAACGAGGGGUGUAUAUAUGGUCAAAACCAGAAGACAUAAAUACCGAUCCAUCUUCACUUGAAGAUUAUUCCUUGCCAAGAAAAGUUUCCAGAUGUCUUUGCCGCUCUAAUUGUCUGGGCGUCUGAUUUCAAGCAGACUACAGUAUGAGCUCAUAGAAAUACCCCGAGUGAGGGCACUCAAGAUUGGAUUCAGUAAAGACCCCGAGUGAGGAGACGUGAUAUAUACACAUUAGCAAUACCUUCCUACACCAAAGUGGAGAAGUUGUACAAUUACAAGGUUAGAGAAUAGUAUGCAAUAUUGGGAUUCAAAUUUGUACAAUAACUUAAACAAGGGUUACCAUUUAGCUCUUUUUAGAACUCACUCCUUAAUUAACACUACUUGCAAUUGAGUAUUCUAGUUCUAGUGUA